UCAUCUCUGCUGCCAGGUCUACAGUGUGUCAUGGGUCCCUGUACGGCCUCCCAUUGCUGCUGUCUCCAUCGCCACACUCUGCCAUGUGCCACUUUCAGGUCUCCUCACAGUGCUGGUGGGUUCCAUUUUGUCAUAGGGUGCUGGCAGAUUACGGGCCUCCCAUUGCUGCUGCCAGGCCCCUAAUCUGCCAUGGGCCCCUGUACCGCCUCCUCACGCUGCUGCCAGGUCCACAGUGUGUCAUGGGUCCCUGUACCACCUCCCAUUGCUGCUGUCUCCAUCGCCACACUCUGCCAUGUGCCACUUUCAGGUCUCCUCACACUGCUGCUGUGUUCCAUUUUGUC